CCAGGAGCCGAGGGUCUGUGUCAAGAGCGGCAGGGGCUGCAGGAGGCAGGAGAGACGGGUACUGCCUUCUCCACAAUGGCAGAGGUGGUGGCUGAGGUGGCUGAGGUGCCAUCACAGAUGUCACCAGUGGCAGUUGAGAUGUCAACACCAAUAUCAGGAGAGAUGAUGGAAAUGACAGCAGAGGUGACUGAGAUGAGCCCUGGGGAGGCCCUGGCCUCGUCUCUCUUCUUCCAGCACCACCAGUUCAUGUGCUCCGAAUGCGGCAGUCUCUACAACACACUGGAGGAAGUCCUCUCACACCAGGAGCAGCACGCACCUGUGCUGUCUGAGGAAGAGGCACUGACCACCCAGGACGCUGGCCUGGAGCCCGAACUAGCACCAGACACUGAGGAGGGGCCAUUCCAGUGUGGUGAAUGUAACCAGCUCAUCCUCUCCCCAAGCGAGCUUCUAGCCCACCAGGAUGCCCAUCUCAGAGAGUCUGCAAGCCAGAUUCAAUACCAGUGUGGAGACUGCCAGGAGUUGUUUCCCUCACCUGAGCUGUGGGUGGCUCAUCGCAAAACCCAACAUCUGUCUGCCACAGCAGCCACCAAUGAGCUACCAAUGCCACCUCCUCCACCUCCCCCAACACCACCACUUCCACCCACUCUACCACUGGAAGUCAAGAUGGAGCCCUAUGAGUGUCCUGAGUGCUCUACCCUCUGUGCUACCCCUGAAGAAUUCUUGGAGCAUCAGGGCACCCACUUUGACUCUCUGGAGAAAGAAGAACGCAAUGGGCUAGAAGAGGAGGAUGAAGGUGAGGAGGAGGAUGAAGAUGAUGAUGAGACAGAGGAUGAAGAGGAACCAGCAGCAGAGGUUGGUGAUGAUACUGUAGGAGCUGACAAGUCUGCAGCUAACCAGGCCCAGGGCUAUGGGGAUUGUUCCCAACACUGGACCUCAGCAGGGGCACGCCGGCGACACCGGCGGGCAUCUCGCGGCCCAGCAUCAGCAACCCAUCCCUUUCACUGCAGCCAGUGUCAGCGCAGCUUCAGUUCAGCCAACCGGCUGCUGGCUCAUGGGCGGGCACAUGUGGGUGGCACACAUGAGUGCACGACCUGCUCCAAGGUCUUCAAGAAAGCAGCCUCGCUAGAGCAGCAUCUGCGGCUACACCGUGGUGAAGCCCGCUACCUCUGUGUUGACUGUGGCCGUGGCUUUGGCACAGAACUCACAUUGGUGGCCCACCGGCGGGCCCACACUGCCAACCCGUUGCAUCGCUGUCGCUGUGGCAAGACGUUCAGCAACAUGACCAAGUUCCUCUACCACCGGCGCACUCAUGCUGGUAAAAGCGGAGCACCCCCAAGUGUGGCAACAGCCUCCCCAGCUCCAGCUGAGCCCACUCCUCCACCACCACCCCCUGCCCCACCUGCCCAACUGCCCUGCCCACAGUGCUCUAAGUCCUUUGCCUCAGCUUCCCGGCUCUCCCGGCAUCGUCGCGCAGUCCAUGGGCCCCCGGAAAGGCGGCACCGCUGCGGGGUUUGUGGCAAGGGCUUCAAGAAGCUGGUCCAUGUGCGCAACCACCUGCGGACGCACACAGGUGAGAGGCCCUUCCAGUGCCACUCAUGUGGCAAAACCUUUGCUUCUUUGGCCAACCUCAGCCGCCACCAGCUGACUCACACGGGUGUGCGUCCCUACCAAUGCCUGGACUGUGGCAAGCGCUUCACACAGAGCUCCAACCUGCAGCAGCACCGGCGGCUGCAUCUGCGGCCAGUCGCCUUCGCCCGAGCUCCCCGCCUCCCCAUCACCGGUCUCUACAACAAGAGCCCCUAUUACUGUGGGACCUGUGGCCGCUGGUUCCGUGCCAUGGCGGGCCUGCGACUGCAUCAGCGAGUCCAUGCCCGAGCCCGGACUAUGACACUGCAGCCUCCCAGAUCACCUUCUCCUCCCCCACCCCCGCCCCCUGAACCUCAGCAGACUAUCAUGUGCACAGAGCUUGGGGAGACCAUCGCCAUCAUAGAGACAUCCCAGCCACUGGCACUUGAGGACACACUGCAGCUCUGCCAGGCUGCUCUUGGGGCCAGUGAAGCAAGUGGGCUGUUGCAGUUGGACACAGCCUUCGUGUGACACACCUGAAGAGCAACAAUAAAAGGGUUUGGUUGCAACAGCAA